CGAGGCGCUACCAAGCACAUUCCACAACAACCGACCGAAAGGACAGGUGCUAGUUAGCAAGGAUAACAGAUACACAACCACUACUUACCUGGCGUUUAACAUUAAUGGGCAAGGAUGCAGCUUAAGCACAUGAAAGCUUUGCUGCAACCACAGGAUGGGGCAGCCAAAAUAUGCGCCAUAACAUGGUCAGCAAAUAACCAGAAGAUGGCAGCCUGUACGUCAGACCGGGUGGUGCUAUUGUUUGAUGAACAGGGAGAGAAGAGAGACAAAUUCUCUUUAAGACCAGCUGAUGCCAAGUAUGGGAAGAAAAGUUACACUGUGAAGGGAUUAGCAUUUUCACCAGACUCGCUGAAAAUAGCUGUGGGACAGACAGAUAAUAUCAUUUAUGUAUACAAGAUUGGAGAGGACUGGGGCGAUAAGAAGACCAUCUGUAACAAGUUCGUACAACAGAGUGCCGUCACCUGUAUGAUCUGGCCAAAUGAUCAGCCGAUUGUUUUCGGAUUAGCCGAUGGAAAGGUGAGAGCAGCAAACAUCAAAACCAACAAAUCAUCUACAAUAUAUGGAACAGACUCCUAUGUAGUCUCCUUGGCACCAAAUCCAACAGGAAAAGGUUUCCUAUCGGGCCAUGCUGAUGGUGCCAUUGUUCGCUACUUCUUUGAUGAUGAAGGUUCUGGAGAUUCUCAGGGUAAGGUAUGCACACACCCCUGUCCACCCUAUGCCUUGGCAUUCUCCCAGAAUUCAAUCGUAGCAGCCGGCUGUGACAAGAGAAUCAUUGCAUACGGAAGAGAUGGUAGAAGUUUCCAACAUUUUGACUUCAGUCGAGAAACUGACGAGCAUGAAUUUACAACUGCUGUGUGUAGUCCCAGUGGCCAAUCUGUUGUUAUUGGAAGUUUUGACAAAUUGAGAACUUUAAACUGGAGCCCUAGACGACAGAUGUGGGAUGAACCAAAGUUAAAGGAGAUCAGGAAUCUGUACACUAUCACGGCCCUGGCCUGGAAGAAGGAUGGAUCGCGUGUCACAUGUGGAACCCUCUGUGGAGGUGUAGAAAUCUUUGACUGCUGUCUUAAGAGAACCAUUUACAAGAACAAGUUUGAGAUGACACAUGUUGGACUGAGUCAGGUGAUUGUGAAGAACAUGUCCAAUCAGAGCAGGGUUGUACUCAAGUCUCACUAUGGCUACGAGAUUGAUGAGGUCAGGAUCAUGGGGAAAGACCGCUACUUGAUAGCUCACACAUCGGACACCAUUCUUUUGGGGGACCUCACAUCCAACAAACUCAGCGAGAUUCCUUGGCAUGGAACAGGAGGAAAUGAGAAAUACUACUUCGACAAUGAAAGUGUUUGCAUGAUUUUCAAUGCUGGUGAGCUGUCUCUGAUUGAGUAUGGGGCCAAUGAAGUGCUAGGAUCUGUUAGGACAGAGUUCAUGAACCCUCACCUAAUAAGUGUAAGACUGAAUGAGAGGAAGCAAAGAGGAGUGGAUGACAACAAAAAGAUAGCUUACCUCCUUGAUCUGAAGACUGUUGCUAUUGUCGACUUGAACUCUGGUUUGACCCUGGGUCAAGUUAAUCAUGAGUCCAAAAUUGAUUGGCUGGAACUCAACGAAACUGGACGCAAGAUGUUGUUCCGAGACAAGAGGAUGAGGCUCAACUUGUAUGAUGUGGAGUCUAAGCAGAGAACUACUAUCCUCAACUACUGUUCCUAUGUACAGUGGGUGCCAGGCAGUGACGUGGUGGUUGGACAGAACCGCGGUAACUUGUGUGUCUGGUACAACAUUGAUGCCCCAGAACGUGUCACCAUGUUCCCACUCAAGGGUGACAUCGUAGACCUGGAGAGGACAGAUGGUAAGACCGAUGUUGUGGUCAACGAAGGAGUGACCACUAUCUCCUACACACUGGACGAGGGACUAAUUGAGUUUGGGACAGCCAUCGAUGAUGGUGAUUUUGAAAGGGCAGUGUCUUUCCUUGAGACCCUGGAGAUGUCGGCGGAGACUGAAGCCAUGUGGAAAACACUGAGCAAACUUUCUAUGGAGGACCGUCAACUGCACAUAGCAGAGAGAUGUUACUCUGCCCUCGGAGACAUAGCCAAAGCUCGGUACAUGAAGGAAACCUUUAGAAUCGCCGAGGAAAUUGCUCAGACUACUGGAGGAGAUGGAUUCAGUAACUACAGAGUGAGAGCCAGGUUCGCCAUUAUGGAGAAGAGGUACAAGGAGGCAGAAGGAAUCUAUCUAGAACAGAACCACGUUGAUGAGGCUAUGGAGAUGUACCAGGAGAUGCACAUGUGGGACGAGGCCAUAGAAGUUGCCGAGGCCAAGAACCACCCAGAACUGGAGAACCUGAAAAGGAGCUACUAUGCCUGGCUAAUGGAGACGGGCCAAGAGGAGAAAGCAGGAGAGGUGAAAGAACGAGAGGAGGACAACAUGGCUGCUAUCAACAUGUACAUGAAGGCAGGACUACCAGCUAGAGCUGCCCGACUCGCCACAAGUCGUGAGGAGUUGAUGUCAAAUUCAGACCUCAUCGCUAGAAUCGCUUCCGAGUUAAUCAAAGGAGAAUUAUAUGAAAGGGCUGGAGACAUGUAUGAAAAGAUACAUGACCAACAGAGGGCCAUGGACUGCUUCAAAAAGGGGAGAGCUUAUCAUAGAGCUGUUAAACUGGCGCGGAACUCGUACCCAGCUGAGGUAGUGAAGCUUGAGGAGGACUGGGGAGACUAUCUGGUCCAGCAGAAACAGUUAGAUAACGCCAUCAGUCACUUUAUAGAGGCCGGGGCAACAAAGAAAGCAGUUGAAGCCGCCAUUAGCUCGAGACAAUGGGCAAAGGCAGUUCAGAUCCUAGAACUACAGGAUCCAUCCAUGUCCGCCAAGUACUACAAGAAAAUAGCGGAUCAUUACGCCACGACCGGUGAACUGGAGAUGGCUGAGCGAUACUAUGUGGAGGCUGGCUGUACUAGAGAGGCAGUUGACAUGUACAACAAUGCUGGGCGAUGGGAGAUGGCUCAUAAGCUGGCAUCAGGUUACAUGAAAGCAGACGAUGUGGCCACACUAUAUAUUUCCCAGGCUCGGCAGCUGGAGGACCAGGGCAAGUUCAAGGAGGCAGAAAAGUUGUACGUAGCUGUUACUGAGCCUGACAUGGCCAUCACGAUGUACAAGAAACAGAAGAUGUAUGGUGAUAUGAUUAAGUUGGUGAAAACCCACCAUCCAGACCUCGUCAAGGAUACACAUGUCCAUUUAGCCCAGGAGUUAAUGGAGACAAAUAACCUGCGACAGGCAGAACAUCACUUCCUCGAGGCUGAUGAUUGGAAGGCUGCUGUCAACAUGUACCGUACUCAGGAUAUGUGGGACGAGGCUCACAGGGUGGCAAAGAAUGCUGGUGGGGCCACAGCUGCCAAACAGGUGGCCUAUCUGUGGGCUAGAAGCCUUGGUGGGGACUCUGCUGUCAAACUCCUCAACAAGUUUGGAUUGCUGGAGGCAGCUAUUGACUAUGCUACAGAAAAUUGUGCAUUUGAUUUUGCUUUUGAACUGGCUCGCAUAGCCAUGAAAAAUAAACUGCCAGAAAUCCAUCUCAAGCAUGCCAUGUACUUAGAAGAUGAAGGACGAUUUGCAGAUGCUGAACGCGAGUUUAUAAAUGCACAAAAACCAAAAGAGGCUGUUCUAAUGUAUGUUCAUAAUCAGGACUGGGAUUCCGCCCAGCGCGUGGCCGAGUCACACGAUUCUGACUCUGUAGCUGAUGUCCUGGUUGGACAGGCAAGGUUCGCGUUCGAGGAGAAAGAUUAUACGAGAGCUGAAUCUUACUUACUACGUGCCCAGCGACCAGAGCUAGCAGUCAAGUAUUACAAGGAGUCGGGUAUGUGGCAGGAUGCCCUGCGGGUUUGUAAGGAGUAUGUACCUCACAAGUUACAGGGACUUCAGGAUGAGUAUGACCGCGAGAUGACAGACAAAAAUACAAGAGGGGCAGAGGCUAUGGUACAACAGGCGCGCGAGUGGGAGUCGUCGGGAGAGUACGCCAGGGCUAUAGAGUGUUACCUCAAAGUUACACCACAGCUAACCACCGACACAAACCUCAUAGAAAAAUGCUGGAUCAAGGCAGGUGAGCUUGCAAUAAAAUUCCUCGGACAGAACAAAGCCCAGACUGUGGUUGAGAUUGUGGCGCCAAGAUUAGCAGAAAUGAGGAAGCACAGCAAGGCAGCAGAACUUUAUCUCAGUGCUGACUUAAUCAAAGAAGCCAUAGACAUGUUUAUGGCUGGUGAGGACUGGAACAAAGCCAAGAAGGUCGCCAAGGAGUUAGAACCAAGAUUGGAGGCCUAUGUUGAUGAACGCUACAAAGACCACUUGAAAAAUCAAGGAAAGGCAGAAGCUCUGGCCAGUGUCGACGUUGUUGGAGCACUAGAUAUGUAUGCUGGCAAGGGUGAAUGGGAAAAAUGUCUACAAACAGCAGAACAACAGAAUCCCAAGGUUCUACACAAGUAUGCUGCGUUGUAUGCCACAGAUCUUAUCAAAGGAGGUGAAAGUCGAAAAGCUUUGGAUAUUUACGUCCGAUAUGGAGCGCCUGCAAAUGCCCAGAAUUUCAACAUAUACAAGCGUAUAUUUAGUGACGUUGUAAACACACGAGACUUGAAUCGACCUGAAGCCUACAGAAUAUGGGCGGACCUGAGAGAUGUAUUCUAUGAUUUAAAUGAGAACAUGGGAAAGUCUAAUGAAAGUGGUUCUCCCCAACAUAACGAGUUUGAGUGGAUGUUGCUCAUUGCUCACUAUUAUGCCACACGGUCCGCAGCUAUGGCUCACAAAUCCCUGGACAGUGUGGCCACCAAGUUGUCUGUGUCACUGCUGCGGCACACAGACAUCAUACCAGCUGACAAGGCCUUUUACGAAGCGGGCAUGAUGUGUCGGGCCACUACUCAAGAAAACAUGGCGUUUGUGUUUCUGAACCGAUACUUAGAUAUCUCAGAGGCAAUAGAGGAAGGUUCCCUGGACAUGUUGGACCAUACUGAUUUCCAGGACACAGAUAUUCCGUUUGAAAUACCACUUCCAGAGAAAGCUCACCUCGCAAGCCAACAACACGAGGAUAUCAAAGAGUGGGUGUUAGCUGUGUCUAUGGACCAGAAAGUGGAACAGGUGCUGCCCCGCGAUGAGAGGAAUGUGUACGAGGCUUCUCUAAUGGCCCCAGACACUGGUAUCCGCUCACUCCCUUGUGUAAUCACAGGUUACCCUGUGUUGAGAAAUCAACUGGAUUUCAAACAGGCAGGAAAAGUUGCAAACAAAGAUGAUUGGAAUAAGUUCUUAAUGGCCACAAAGGUUUCCCACAGCACAGAGCUCCAAGACGUCCUAAAGUUUAUUGGAGUCUGGUGUGGAGCGACACCUAAUCCCACCUACUCCUUCCAGUAGUAAUUGACUCUUCGGCAAAUUUUUUCUGCUACCGAUAGUUAAAGCUGUUUUAUUUGUCUCGUGGGAUCACACCUUUGUUCUGUAUCCCUCAGAGUAAUUUCUUCAGAAGAUUUUUCUAUUAAACCGUCCAUUUACCUUCAAACUGACAACUUGGUUUUGCCAGCAAAGUUUAUUAAACUGUUAAUCGACUUCUGUUGGGAAUAAGAAAGGAGUUUCAUCAACCAGAAAACAUGGUGGUCAUAAAAGGUGCUUUUUCUCUACCUGUUACAGAAUCAUCUGGCAGAUUUUAUCUUCAACACAAGGUUCUGGAGGAUAUAGAUAAAAGUGUUCAAUAAUUCUUGUGUAUAACAUUUCGUUCAAACUUUUCGUUAUGCAUAUUAGUUAUGCAUAUUAUGUUCAAGUGAAAACACCUUGAACGAGUUUGUGUUUCAAGGUGUUUGGACCAAGGUCUCUUACUAUUCAUAGAAACUUUCUUUUUCACUUGUGAGAAAUCAUUUCAGAAAGAAUUUGAUAAAACUUUAUAUCAGUGGUCCGGUAUGAGAAUACCUUGAACGAGUCUGUGUUUAAGGGUAUUUGGACCAAUGUCAAGGUCACUUUUGACAAUUCAUAGAAUUAUGGCCAAGUGGAUGAUUAUAUAAGAGACAAAAGUGCACAAAAGGAGAUUCAUUUGUGAUGACUAAAUUAUUAUACUGGAGAAAAACCAGUUUGUACCAUAAUUUCCUUAUGUAAACCUUUACAAUAUCUGUAAAACAGGACACUGACGUUUCUCCUCUAAAACCUUUUGAAAAUAAAUAUCAUUCAGUUGACUUCUGAUAUAAGGAAAUAUACUUGAUCUGGCUUUGAGGUAGAUAUAUGGAUUUAAUAUGGAUGUUAAUCUCUAAACUGUUCCUAGUACUUUGAUAUACCUGUGUCAGAGAAUUCCAUUUACUUUUCUAAAAUCGUGCUGUAUGUGUAAUUUGACUGUGAUAACACAAUGUUUGCAUCUGGACGAGAAAUAUAUUUAUGUCUUUAAAUCCGUCCAUAUAGAAAUUCCAGAUGUCAAGAAGAGCCGUUGGUCAAUGUACUUUUUAAAUGAAGAUGUUGUUAGACAGAUCGGUCAAAGUCUAGUUUUAAAAACAUUUUUUUUUGUCCGAAAUCACUCAUACAUUUUGUUGUGUAAUUUAUUAAUUUAUUGUAAAAUAAAAAGUGAUACUAGAAAAACAA